UGGGGUUUGGUUUAUGUCUGCGCGAUUGUUUACUUUAAAAACUUAUUUUAAUCCUUAAAAUAUAUUAAAAUCAAAUUCAAAUUAACAUAAAACUCCACUUAAUAUGUUAAUUAAUCUUUUUAAAAUAAUUUAAAGUGAAAAAUUUAAGGAAUUUCCUCCGAAAUUUACAAUGAAAACUAUUUGCAAUUUCUGAAAACCAAAACCCAGAAAAAAAAACUCCUUUUCCUUUCCCCCAAAACACUACGCAUGACAACAAAAGAAUUAUUUGUUUCUCUCUUCAUUAUGACAUUCUUCAUCUAAUUUCCUUUUAUUCAUAAUCUUUGGAACACAAAAAAAAACAUUAAGGACGAAAAAUAUUUUCAUCGUGUUUUUUUUCCUCAAAAAAAAAAAGCUUGAAAAAAUCGAGAUAAAGGAAAUUUAUCCUGGAACAAAGAGAGAUAAAUUCUGGCUUUAGCAAUGGCUUCAUUCCAUCAACGAUGCGGUCGUCGAAUAACUUUGACAAAUAACAAUCGAACAGCAAUGCGAAGUAUUCGAGAUUUUAGCCAUGCUUUGGUUUUUAGUGCAGAACCUCUUCAAGAUGAUGUACUUUUUGAAGUGGUUAUUGAAGAAAAAAAUCAUUCUUGGGGUGGAAGUAUAGAAAUUGGAGUAACUUCAGAGAAUCCCGACAAAUUGGAAUUACCUUCGUGUGCGGCAGCAAUGCGAAAUGGUACAUGGAUUAUGUCGGGAAUUGAUAUACGACGAGAUGGUAUUUGUUUGGUUGAAUUCUAUGGAACUCAUUUGGAAUCUUUGAAUGAAGGAGAUCGAGUUGGAGUUUUAAAGACUUCCCAAGAUGAAUUGGUCUUUUAUAUAAAUGGAGAAUCACAAGGUGUAGCUGCAACGAAUUUGCCAAAAGUUGUCUAUGCACUCGUUGAUUUGUAUGGCAGAUGUGUUCAAGUUUCAAUUUGUCCGUCGGAACCAUUGGACUUUAUGUCGGAUUCCACACAAAUUGUGCAAUCAAUCGAUGUUCCAAUGUGUGUCGAUGUCACAGUUAGCUCAAACGGAGGCACUGGUGUUGCUUCCAUUCAAUCAACCGCCAACAUUGGAGACUAUUUCGAUAUGAAUGAUCGUUUGCGUUUCCACACUCGAUGUGGUUCAUUGGUGAAGUUAUCACCAAACUGUCGAUCGGCUGAAAGACGUCGCCCACUAGAUGAGUUCAACAAUGGUGUGGUGAUGACCCACAGACCAUUGAAAGACAAUGAACUCUUUGAAAUUCGAAUCGAUAAAUUGGUAGACAAAUGGUCUGGAUCGAUAGAAGUCGGUGUAACUACACACAAUCCAGCAGCUCUACAUUUUCCAGCUACAAUGACCAAUAUGCGAAGUGGUACCAUCAUGAUGUCUGGAUGUGGUAUCCUUACAAAUGGUAAAGGAACUCGUCGACAAUAUGGAGAGUUUAAUUUAGAUGAAUUGCGAGAAGGUGAUCGAGUUGGAAUGAUGCGCAAGACAAAUGGAAAUCUUCAUUAUUUUAUCAACGGACAAGACCAAGGAGUGGCAGCGAAUAGAGUCGCUCAAACACUCUGGGGUGUCAUUGAUCUCUAUGGAAUGACUAUCAAAGUUACCAUUGUUGAUCGAGAUGAGAGGGAACAACAAAAUUUGGUUACACGCCGCAAUAAUCUUAUGUCGAUUCAAACAAGCUCCAGUUCGAGUUGUGGCGGUGGGCAUCUUGUAAAUCAUGAACUAUCGGCUGCUUUGAGUCCUGAAAUUGAAUCUGUGAGUGGAACUGGAAAGAAUGAUGACCGGUUGACUUUUCAUUCGAUGUGUGGAUCUCAGGCAACUGUAACACAUAGUGGACGUACUGCUUUGAGACCGAACGCUUCGGAUGACUUCAACAAUGGAGUUGUGCUGACCAAGAGACCAUUAAGGCCGAAUGAACUAUUUCAAGUUCGCUUGGAACGUGUUGUUACCAAAUGGGCUGGAUCGGUUGAAAUGGGUGUUACAACUCAUAGUGCAGAGGAAUUAGAUUUUCCGUUCACUAUGACUAAUGUUCGAUCUGGAACUUGGAUGAUGACCGGCAAUGGUGUUAUGCACAAUGGCAUCACUGUCAUCGAACAAUAUGGUCAAAAUCUCGAUCGGCUGCAAGUUGGUGAUCGUGUUGGUGUUGUCCGCAAAGAUGAUGGAACCUUACACUUUUGGGUAAAUGGUGUUGAUCAAGGUGCAGCCGCAAUCAAUGUUCCAGAAAAAGUCUACGGUGUCAUUGAUCUCUACGGCCAAGCAGCACAAGCCAGCAUUGUUGAUACUUCCGAGUGUGGUAGUCCUGAUACUGGCAAUUCAACAAUCUCAAAUACUACCCUCUACAGUGAGCCACCAUUGCGUUUCCAUUCGAUACAUGGAAAAAAUGCUGGCAUCUCAAAUGGUGGUCUAACUGCAAGUCGUCCCAAUUCACUGGCUGAAUUUAAUGAUGCAAUUGUAUUUAGUAACAGGCCGUUAAGGCAGAGGGAGUUAUUUGAAGUUGUUCUUGAAACAAUGGUUAGACACUGGUCUGGGAAUAUAGAAAUUGGAAUAACUGGAAGUCGACCAGAUGAAGUUGUACUAACCGCAAAUGCAACAGAUUUAGAAGGUGAUACAAUUAUUUUGUGUGGUUCAAUGGUCUUUCAAAAUCGGAAAACUAUUCGGAGUAAUAUUUUGUUUGACUUGGACACCUUGACGGCUGGAACGAGAGUUGGUGUCAUGCGAAAUGGAGACUAUAUUCACUUCUUCAUUGAUGGAGUAGAUCAAGGUCCAGCGUGUGAAUGUCGUUUGCCUAAUGUUUGGGCAGUUAUUGAUCUCUAUGGGCAGUGUGCUCAAGUGAGUUUGACUUUGGCGCAACCAGAUAUGCGUGCACCGUACGCCACAAGUGAGAACUCACAAAGUUUCCAAGCUACAUCGGUAAUUCAACCACCGCCCGAAACUAAGCAUCGAUGGACAUGUAUUUCGGGCAAUGUUACACUCUCACAGAACUGGACUGUGGCAUCGCGGGUGACUGGAGCGUCGGCAGCUUUGUCACGAUGUUUGGUAUUCUCAGAGCAUCCUCUCUCCGUAGGAUCACCUUUCGAAGUGAAGAUUGUCUCACAUAACCCAUUAUUUGCAGGAUGCCUGAACAUUGGCAUAACGGAUUUGAAUCUCUCUGACGAGUAUGUACGUAAAAACAUUCCAAGCAGCAUGAAACGUAUACCGGCAAAUGUCUGGUACGUUUCUGGCAAUGAAGUUAGACACAAUUCAAUGCUAAUGCAACGGUCAAUGGCAUCAUUGGAAUGGCUUCGAGUUGGUGAUCGUAUUGCCCUUGAGAUGACACAAACAAGAACAUUAAGAAUUCUACUCAAUUCUGAAGAUAUGAAUAUUAAUUUCCAAAAUGUCUCAAGUGAUGUCUAUGUGGUUGUAGAACUACAAGGUUCCACUAUGGCAGUUCAAGUGAUCUCAACACAAGGACCCACCUCACCAUUGCGACCGUGCAGCCUAAGACUACAAGAUUCUCUUGAAUUCGGUGUAGAUCCAUUGAAUAAACAAGAUUCAAUGUUAGAAUCUAUAGAUUCAGAGUCUCAGGCUUUUGAAUUUAGUGAGUUUCAUGGAAAGAAUGUACGUUUAGUCGAUGAACAUCGUAGUGCAAUUCGUACACAAUCUUUCAAUCAGGCAUUAGUUUAUAUUGCCAAACCUUUAUGCAAAGGUCAUAGUAUCAGUAUUAAAAUUGAUGCAAUCAACACUAAGUGGAAGGGUACAAUUGGCGUUGGAGCUCUUGGCGUAUGUCCACAAUUGGCAAACGUUCAGCUACCAACAUCUAUUGUACUCUGUAAACGUCCCUGCUGGGUAGCCACUCAUGAUUACAUCAAUAUAAAUGGAAGUCGUAUUGCUUCGAAAUAUGGUGAAGCUCUGGAACAGAUUCAACCUGGAACUGUGAUCACAAUGUCUCUGUCUCAUGCUGGAGCGUUAACAAUUAUGGUUGGACAGAAUAGUUUAGAAGAUCUGGCAGCAGGUCUACCAAAUCAUGUCUACCCUGUCUUUGAUUUGUAUGGCAAAUGUGAGAAAAUCUCAAUAAUCAACGGGGAGCUUCGCAAUGGAACACCAAUUGUUGAAGAAGUACUCUUGGAACAUGAUCAAUUGGCUGAAGGUGAUAGUAGUGUGCCGCAAUGCGAAAAAGCUGAUCUGGAAGUUCAUGAAAAAGAGACUGAAGGUGCAAGCACAUCAAAUACUGCUCGGACAGUAAUGCAGAAUUUUACUGGAAAUUUAUUGAUCAAUCUGUCAAUCAAGUAUCGAUCGAAGGAAGGCAGGAAUGACACUAGUCCAUCUUCAUCGUCCUGCUGUCUUCGGGAAUCUCUGCAGUUGCAACACAAUACCAAUUUGAACAUCCAACGCAGUCAAAGUACCCAACGCUUUACAAAUAAUCCUUCGACAUCCACUGGCAGCACUGACACAAAUCGAGAACAAGUGGAACCACCUUGUGACGAUGUUGUCCAACCGGUAAUGACAAACUCCAAAGAGAAUCUCUUAGAAUACAAUGACGAAAGUAACACUGCUAUUCAGCAAAAUCUUCAACAGCAGCAGCAGCACCAACAACAACAACAAUUUCUGGACAUCAAUCAAGUGCCUGAUGAGACGCCAGUUCAAAACGAAGAUGACCCAGACGAAGACGAAGAGCCACCAAUACCGCCUGUUAGAGAUCCCAUUCCAGCAGACACACAAUUCGAUUCCAUCCAAUCGUUACCUAGCCUCGAUUCAACUAAAGACUGUGAAUACUUGAAGCUGGUGCGGGGCUUCAAAAGCUCUCUUGUCCUUCCACAUACGUUUUUCCAGCAACCAAGUUGUCAGGCGAUUUGUUUUUGUCAGCAGUGUCAUGCGACAAAUUCUGAAAAGCUAAGUGGUUGGGUGUAUUUUAAGCUAAAUCAGCAAGCUGUUAAUACAUCGGGAACGGUGCAGAGUUUUGAUUCAGGUGAUUGGGUGCCUUUGUACUAUAUGACUCGGGUAGAUAAAAUUCGAGCUAUUCUCGACUAUGGUCAGCCGCUCCCAAUCGAACAAACACACGAGGCACAUUCGAGUACCAAUCAGAAGGAUGAACCAGGAACGCACUUGGAAUUGCAUUUCUCGCCCAAUUCACCAACAAUACAACUCACGAAUUCCCAUCACAAAUAUACAGCAGCUAUGCAAAGCUAUACAAUUGGUACAGCAUUUGAAGUGUAUGUGCGGCGGCAAUCUUUGUGUGCCACACAACAAAAGACUUCUGAUGAACAGCAAGAGGAUGAUCAACAACAACAGCAGCAAUCACAGCCUGGCCCUUCAUCAACACCACAGACGACUUCAUUGAAAGACAUGUCGUGGUUCACCAAAGAGACUGGGGCUUGUGUGCUGACAGCAUUAAUUCUAAAACUAGACCGAGUGCAGUGCCAAAGUUCGGGAAGCUAAGUUGUUGUUAAUUUGUAUAUGCAUUCAAAUAAAAUAGUAAUUCCUAAUUUUAGCGACUGUAAUUUUGCUUGUAAAGCGCAUCGAUAUUAUUAUUUAUAUAGAUUAUUAUUAUAUAAUUAUGUAUAUGUAACGACCUCAUAAAGUAUUGUUAGCUAUUUUGUUCUAUGGCUGAGAAUCUCUCUCGUAUGGCUGAAUUUUCUGUUGUCUAUUUAUUUUUGUGUUCGAAAUUUAAUGUACGUAUAAAACUAUUUCACAUUUUCUAUAAUACAAAAUUAACACUGAAAAAAAGAAAAACAAAACAAAUAUAACUAAAAACAUA